GGAAGUAAACAAACCUGCAGCGAGCGGACGACUCGACGGGAGAAGGGCCGGCUCUCCAAAUGACGUCUCUGAUUUGCACUUUAAAUGACCAUCGAGACGAUGUCAACUGGUGCGCCUUCUCGGCCAAGCUGCUGGCCACGUGCUCCGGGGACAAAACCCUCCGGAUAUACUGCACCAGCGACUUCUCCGAGCUGCCUUUCUCCCCGCUGUCGGGACAUGGCUACAGCGUCCACUGCUGCUGCUUCAGCCCCUGCGGACAGUUCCUCUGCUCCUGCUCCACCGACGCCACCACGGUUGUCUGGUCCAUGGUCACAGGAGAGAUCGAGGCCGUCAUGGAGCAUCCCGGUCGCAGCCCUGUGAGGAUCUGUGCGCUCUCUCCUGACUCCGCCCACCUGGUCACCGGUGCAUCCGAUGGGACUUUGGCCCUGUGGGAUUUCCCGUCAAAACAGCUGAACAGGACCGGAGCCGUGAGCGACACAACCAUGACGGCCUGCUCCUUCAGCCCCUGCAGUCAGGUGUUCAUGACGGGCUCCACCUACGGAGACCUGCGUCUGUGGGACCUGAGCAUGAACCAGCUCCACGCGGAGAAGAACGCCCACGACCUGGGGGUCACCUGCUGCACAUUUGCUCCUGACAUCCUCAGUGGAGGUCAAGUUGUGCAGUUCCGUCUGGCGUCCUGUGGCCAAGACAGUCACCUGAAGAUCUGGGCCAUUAACAAGCUCAGUGCUGGAGCCUAUAAGAUGCAGCUCCUGCACACAUUAACUGGCCAGUCAGCUCCAGUCCUCUCCUGUUCUUACUCCUUAGAUGGGCAGCUGCUUGCUUCUUGCUCUGUGGACAAAACUGUUACAGUUUAUGACGCAGCAAAUGCAGUUUUGCUUUACACCCUGAGACAGCACGAGAGGUACGUGACAGCGUGUUGCUUCUCUCCAACGUCACCGCUAAUUGCCACAGGAUCUAUGGAUAAGACUGUAAACAUCUGGAGGCUGGAGGACGGAUGCAGUGGCCACGGAGGGAAGACACUGACUGAGGAUCCUGCUCUCGCAUCACAUGAAGGGAAAACCUCAGCCGGCCAUUCAAAGCUGCUGGUCGCCGAUUGGUCGGAGGGGGAUGUGUCAGAGUGGCUGGUGGAGGAAGGCCUGGCGGGAUUGGUUGAGAAAUUCAGGGCCAACAACAUAGACGGGACCGAGCUGCUCAGUCUCACCAAGGAAACGCUGGCGUCAGAGCUGCUCAUAGAGUCUGUGGGCCUGCGCAGUAAACUCCUGAGGAAGGUGGAGGAGCUGAAGAGUCAUUCAGUCUGUUCAGGCGUUCCUGACGAGUUCCUGUGUCCAAUCACCCGAGAGCUGAUGAAGGAGCCGGUCAUUGCUGCUGAUGGCUACUCGUAUGAAAAAGAGGCCAUCGAGAGCUGGAUCAACACCAAGAACCGCUCCAGCCCCAUGACCAACCUCCCUCUGCUGACGACCCUGCUCACCCCCAACCACACCCUGAAGAUGGCGAUUGGCCGCUGGAAGACCAGCCAGUGACAUCUGACGAAGCUGUGUCCCAUAUCUUUCACUUAGAGCGGAUCAUAAACUGUACUAUAAAGAUGGACGACAUGAGGGCUCACCCCAAAGUGAAGCAAGAGGCUCAAUCGCCUCCUUGGGACUGGAUACAAUGUAGGUCAUAAUCCCUGCCUCCUCCAUGUUAUUGGUUGUAACAUGAGUCAGACCAAAAAGUCAGAAAACCAGGUCGAAUUAAUCUUUCUCUAAGACGGUUAGGUAAUUCUGAUGUUGUUUUCAUGUUUCCAGUCAUUUUGGUUUCGUUAAGUUAUUUGCUGUUUUAAAAAAAGAGUGACAAAUCUUGAUUGACAGCCGAGACUGACUCGUGAGAGGUUGAGCUUGUGCAUCGACCGGAUCUCACGACCACGCCUCCAUCCCCCGGUCGCAACUUUGCAGAUUCUGGCUCCAAGUGACAAACAUCAGCACCAGAUGGCAGCGUUUGUUAUCAGGAGGAUUUGGCUUCAUUUCUGGAUGGUGGGAGGACUGGAUGUGUCGUCCAUCUUUAUUUACAGUCUAUGGAACAGACAGAGACCAAAACUCAAAAGUAUCCCACGGCCCAACAGGAGCAGGUGCGUGGAUCCAGUUGAGACGUCUGCACACUGUGGUGGUUUUUACGCAUCAAGCUGCAUUAAGCAAAUCAUGUUUGAAGGCAGGUUUACUAAGCAUUGACUUUGGCACAAGCGACAAUUACUUGUUAUUUAUUACAAUUUUUUUAAUGGAAGUUCUUGGAAGAAAAAGUCACAGGGAAUUAAUAUUUAAAGAGACUGGUUUUGUUCCUGUUUUAAUAUUUAUGUUGCUUUGUUAUAAAUUUCUUUCAGCUUCAGAAAUCAACAAAAUUUGUAAUUUGCUCAAUCAGCUCAAAAGACCAAUAAACAUCCAUUUCGGCAUUGAUAACAAAUUAAUUAUUAAUCCAAAAAUAUAUUUCUUUGUGCAGUGUUUAUUAUUCAUGAUUUAUUUUAAAUAACCAAUUGACUGAGUAACUACACAAAGCUACAGCGAAAUUCAAUCUGCAGUAGGAUCAGCAGGACUAACACAUUACUUUGUGAGGAUAGAAAUAUUGCUUAAUGCAGCUUUAUUUUAAAAACUUGUUUCUGAAAACACCACCUGCAGUGACACAAGUAAAAAAUAUUUAUUUACAUUGCUUAAAGGUUCAGUGUGUAGAAUUCAGUGACAUCUAGUGGUGAAGUUAUAUGUUGCAGCUGAACACCCCUCACCUCACUCUCCCCUUCAAACAUGACAGAGAACCUGUGGUAGCCUUCAGUUGACAUAGAAACUCAAAAGGUGUUUAGUUUGUCCAGACUGGGCUACUGUAAAAAAAAAAUAUGGCUGCCUCCAUAGAGAGGGCCCGCUCCUGAUGUAAAUGUAAAGUAUUUAAAUAUAAAUCGCCGGUUCUGGGUAAAAAACAACGAUUCGUACAUUUUAGAUGAAACACACUAGUGAAAGCAUGACUAGGAUUCACUAGGAUCCCUUUCACCUAAAUCCUACACACUGAACCUUUAAGCAUUGCAGCACCUGUUAGUUUAUUUUGGUGGUUUGGUUAAACGUUGUACCAUCGAAGAACAAGGCAACAUUAUUAUGCUUUAUACUGUGAAAGAAGCAGCUGUAGAAUUGUUAGAAUAUUUUAUUAUACCACAAUAAUGUUGUGGUAACAUUCUGUCAUCCAUAGUAUGACUCAAAAGGUUAUAUGACAACUAUGGACAUACAGCAAUGUAAAAAGUCUCUUAAGGUUUGUUUUCUUUUCAACUGUCGACUUUAUAAACUUUCUCCGUGUCCAAGGAAACCGAUAAACACUCCAUAUGAAGAUGGUCUGCUAUGCAAAAAUAAAUAACAUAUACUGGGAAUAUUGAAGCAGUCAAGUCAAUAUUAGAAUAUGAUACGUUUCCAUCCAUGUCAUGUACAGUGCAGAAGUUUCUUUAUCAAAUGUACCAAGAAAAAGAAUCUCGAGUACACAAAGCCUGUAAUGCUGACAGAUAACCACUUACAAGGAAAUAUAUCAUCUGCAAAUAUAGUAUACACCGUACAAAUAUAAAUGUUUUUUAAAAGACACUCGACAAUAGAAAUGGUCAUAUCCUGCAACUAACAGCAUGAGGUUUUGUAUAUUCGUGCACAAAAGCUUUCUUUGACUCUUAUAUUUUACAUAAUAAAUUAAAAGCUGAGACAGUA